UGGUUAGCUUGGUGCGAGGGCAACCAUGAUGGAUGCCGUGUCGCUAUCGGGAUGCAACCGUCGCAUCCGAUCAGGUUGGUCGACUGCAAAGCGAGAUCGUUGGUGCAGCAUGAUGGGAAGGCACCAUAUGUGGCGUUGAGCUACGUCUGGGGCAAGCACACUGAGGAAUCCACUGAGAAGCAGAAAGAGGGUGCUAACAGUCCUGAUUUUGAGAGGGGGAAGCUGCCGGAGAACAUAACGGCGGUGAUUGAAGAUGCAAUGGUGGUCACACAGCAGCUCGGCUACCAGUUACUCUGGGUAGAUCGAUACUGCAUUGACCAGGAGGAUAGGAUCUCUGCCGACCAACAGAUCAAUCAGAUGGACAGAAUCUACAACGGCGCCGAGAUCACUCUCGUCGCAGCGGCCGGAGAGGAUGGGAAUUACGGCCUGGCGGGAGUCAAUAGAGAAUUCUUCGCCCGACUCGAGUCGAGCCGGAUCGAGACAGGUCCAGAUGGUGCUGUCUUGAUGUCAAUCACAAGUGGCUCAUCCACCUUUUCAUUCGAGUACCAGAAAUGGAGCACACGAGGCUGGACCUUCCAGGAAGCCCUACUCUCCCGCAGAUGCCUGGUCUUUACUGAAAAUUGGAUCUUCUUCCAGUGU